AUGGGCGAGGACGGCAUAAAACUGCUUCAGCAGAGGCUGGCCGAACGAACCCGCGAACAUAAAGCAACGCGAGAAGCAGCCCUAGAGAACAAAUUUCGUAAGCUGCCUGCUCCAAUGUCAUCCAAGAACGACAAACUGGUGCACAACUUGUCGUCAAAGGAGCUGACGGAGGAACAAAUGCAGGUUUUACGGCAUGAGGCCUCAUUCAACACAGCCGAUGCCAAACCUGCCAACAUGAUCGCAGCAGUGGAAUCAAUCCUCAGCCAGACGGGAGCGACAGACGAAACGAAGAACCUCAUUCGACACCAAGUGUCCUCCCUCCUCAUGGCUCAUAGGCCGCGCGAUGUGCUUUCCAAGGUCGAGCGCAAUGCACUUAACGAACUCAGGGCCGACAACGACCUCGUUAUCGUGCCUGCGGACAAGGAGCGUUCAACGGUCGUAUUGGACAGGAAAGACUACAAUCAAAAAGCCAAAAGCUUGUUGGAGGAUCGUCAGUCCUAUGUCCUAUGCGAAUCCAAUCCCAUAAAAACGCUGACACGCGAGAUUAACGCGAUGCUGUUGGCAAUGGGAAACUCAGGUGCAAUAUCGCCAAUCGACAGACGCAUGGCGAGAGCACAAGAAACGGCCCUUGCCCGGUUCUACGGUCUCCCAAAAGUGCACAAAGAGGGCGCUCCUCUACGGCCUAUCGCAUCACUAAAGGGCACUCCAACCUACGGACUGGCAAAACGUCUCAAGUUCCAGACCUCCGAUUCGAACACCACGGUCAGCUCGUCAACGCAAUUUUUGGAGAAACUUAAAGGAUUAAGUCUCCUGCCAAGCGAUGUCAUGGUUUCCUUGGAUGUCUCGUCCCUUUUUACUUCUAUCCCGUAGGACCUGGCAGUCGAGACCAUCGAACUACUCCUACGAGAGAAAUACAGCGAAACGGAGAAUCGCCUCAGACACGCCCAAAUCAUCCAGCUCCUGAAGUUCUGUCUCAAGACGUACUUUACUUUCGACGGAACAAUCUACGAGCAGGUGAAGGGUUCGCCGAUUUCGGGACUCAUAGCCGAGGCGUGCUACAGCGGCUGGAGUUGCUGGUUUUCCGACACCACAGACCGAAAUUCUGGGCUCGGUAUGUGGAUGACACCUUCGUCGUCAUCGAACGGGAUCAGGUGCUGACAUUCAAAGAACAUCUCAACGCCGUCUUCACGGACAUUCAAUUUACUAUGGAGGAGGAGGCGGAAAAAAAUCAGCUGGCCUUCCUGGAUUUACUCGUCUGCCGCAAAGAUUGUGGUGGCCUAAGAACCAAAGUGUUCAGGAAAGCGACAAAUACGACGCAAAUACUGAACUCCAAUAGCAACCACCCGAUCAGUCACAAACGCAGUUGCGUAAGGCUGCUAUACCGGCGCAAUGAGAUGCACUGCAGUGAAAUGGAAGACAAGGUGGCCGAAUUACAAUAUCUUCGACGGGUAAUGAGAGCCAAUGUUUACCCGCGCAACUUUAUCAACCAGUGCAUACGAAAAGGACACCAGAGACUAAAUCCAACCGGCCCCAAAUUUUGGCGGGCUCUUCCGUACGUGAAGAACGUCUCGGAAGCCGUCAGUCGUCUUCUCACUCCACUUGGAGUUGGGUUACACACAGGCCGGAAGCAACCAUUAGGCGACAAGUCAUAGGCCAAAAGACCCGCUGCCACGGCAGGAAACGUCUGGGGUCGUUUACCGGAUCUGACAUAGUUGCGGACAAAGCAACUAUGUCGGAGAAACUGGGAGAUUACUACGUACGCGAAUUGCCGAGUACGCAGCAGCAGUGAGGCGGGGAGACGCUAACUCUCAGGUGGCGACACACUCAACGAGACCCGGCCAUAUUUUCAAAUUUCUAGAGGCUGAAAUCCUCGCAAGGGGUGACAACCGCGUGAGCCGCGGCCUGCUCGAGUCAUGGUUCUCAGGCCCGCAAUCCAUCAACAAGCCCAAUGACCUCCCUGUACCAUAUUCCGUGCUGUGA